GCUCCCUAUUGCUUUAACAUCAUUCCUCUCCUCUCUCUCUUCUGUCUGCGGUUUCCUUUGUCUCUUCUCUUUGUUCUCAUCCCCAAAGUUCCCAACUUUCCCAGAAAUUUCUUUCUCCGUAAAGACCCCAAAACACUCUCUUCCUGUGGCACUUCGUAACCUCUCAAUGGCCAAAAGACCGUUCAAGAAAGAACAAGAACAAGAACAAGAAUGUUCUGACCCUUACGAAGAUGGUGAAGAAGAAGUAGAGUACACUAGGAAGAAAGUGAUGAUAAGGGUAGUCUCAGCUAGGCAGAGAAUGAGCUCAUUGGUACCCUUAAUGAGUUAUAGUAGUGAUAGUAGUAGUAGUAGUAGUAGUAGUAACACUAGUACUAGUGCUUGUUAUGGUAAUAUUAUUGGUGGUAGUGAUGGCAUUGGCUCAUUACGUUGCCAAGCUGAUGAGUGUGGUGUGGACUUGAAAAUGGCCAAGACGUACCACAAGCGUCACAAGGUUUGUGAGCGUCACGCCAAGGCUGCUGUCGUUUUAGUCACUGGGAUUCGCCAGAGGUUUUGCCAACAGUGUAGCAAGUUUCAUGAAAUUUCACAAUUCGAUGAUACCAAAAAGAGUUGUCGGGAAAAGUUGGCUGGUCACAAUGAGCGGCGGAGGAAAACCUAUGCAGACCUUCAGGCAGAGAAUAAACAAAAACGACCAACUUCAAUUAUGGGUGGUGGCUUGCUGAAAGCCAUGAGGUAUUCAAAUUAUGGUGAAAAGAGUCUUCCAGGGAGCCCCAAUAUGAAGCAUUGUCGAAUUAAUUUUAAAUGACUGCAAUUAGCCUUUAACUUUGUAUUGAUAAAUGCAUCAACCAUUCCUCAUGUAUUCUCAACACCAACAACCACAAAGCCUUUUAGCGCCAAAAUUUUGGGGUUAGCUAUGGAUUCUCGUGUGUUCUCUUUGAUUGGAAAAAUGAUUAUUUUUUGCCUCAAGGAAUUGAGCCUACUCAAAGUCAAAGGAUACCAAUAUGUACUUCGAGCCUAGAAUUGCAGUUAAGGUUUAUGCCAUAGAAUAGUUAGUCUUUCUGUCUAUCUCGUUAUUGCCUCCUGUACAAAGUUAGUUUAUGAUGGCAUCUUGGGUUGAUAUCAUUAAUGGGUAAUUGAUGUUCUUUCCUUUGGAAUCAAGUUGGUUGUUUAUAUAAUUAGAACCAUUUUGCUUUCUUUGUAGUGGCUUCUGCAGAGCAGGCAGCGCCUGUGGCCUUGUAAUGUAAUGUGAAAAGUACUAGAGUAGAUCUUUGCAUGUAUUCGUGAUUUAUAACAAUCAUCUUUGUUUAUCUU